AUGGCGAAUGGUUCUUAUCGACUGGAUUUGAAGAGGGACGACGCCCGGACUCUCAUGAUGAAAAUGGACGCUCGUCUAACGUACGCUGGACGCGAGAGGAACGCCGCGUUUCAGCUUGAGGGUCAACGUGAACUGAAACACAUCGACUACGCUCGGCAUCUUAUCAAUGCUGACUUCAAUCGGGCUAAGAGAGAAAUACAACGCCGUAUUGACUUCUUCCAAACGCUGCAGGAGCAGAACAGGGAAAGACAGAAGAAGAGAGAUAUUGCUUGGUGUGAAGAUGAAGAGAAGGAUUGGGAACGAAAGGCACGAGCAGCCAGGAGGCGCAGAACUCUCCCUAAGAUUAAAGUCUACAAGAACCACAAAGCUGAGGCUGUUGGUUCAAUUCGACGCGACCAGAAGAGAGAGUUUGCAAACAAGAUGACAAAUGUAAUGAGUUUGAAUCGAUCACUGGAUGCACUCACUAAUUCCUACGCAAAACGAAAGACACGGAAUGAACAAACCGAGGAUGAGAAAUCCAUUAAGGGUAGUUUAGAGGAUGAGCCUAAACCGACGCAACCUAAGUACGGUAUGCCUGCGACACAAACAUUAAGUCUACCUGAACUACCUGCCAGUAAAACUGGACCCAAGAAGAGUUCGUUGAGUCAGAUGAUAUCAAGCGGCGAGACAAAGUUCCCCGGGAUCGGUGCGAAUGAGAAGCAACAAGUCGCAGCCCCGGGGAAGCCGACGAACACGAGUCUAAGGACAUUCUACAUGAACACAAGUACCAACUCACAGCCUGCGGUAAAUGUAAGCGACCGCGGACGGCGUCGGGUUUCAAUCGUCGAUCCAACCACCCAGACGAAAACACGCCGUGUUCCAGCUCUAAAACUCGGCCCCCAACAAAAUAUUCCACUCCGCUUUUACGAACCUGAGACAAAUCCUUUCUUGAACGGGGACAAUGUCACUCCAACAAACCGCUCAAGCGAACUCUUGAACGCCAACAAGGCGGAUGAGAUGUAUAUUUGGCUCGGGUUCGAUUCUGAGGAGGAAUACGAGAAACUAAAACGAGGCGAGUUGGUGCUGGAAUUCGACGACGAAGCUGGGUCUGACACCAGUAGUAACGUAGACGCGAAUGACCGUCGGCUUCGGGAGCUUACAGGGGGAGGAGAUGCUCGACCUAUCGGGGAAACCCCGGACCAUCUAACCCGGAGGUCCGAGUCCAAACUAGGUGCACCGAGGAUUAUGAUUGCCUCGGCGAAUGAUACCCGUAAUCUUAAAGGCUUGGAUCGGUUUGCAAAUGCCGCAAAAAUGGUCAUGAUUGUUCGGCAAUUUCAAACCAGUAUAUUAGAAUGA